AUGCACUGGCUGCCAGAUUCAAAGGCGAAUGUCGUGGAUCCCGUAUGGGGAAGGCUCAAUGCCUUACUUACGCUCGUCGACCUGGUGGGGCGCCGCGUAUUACAACACGCGCCUGCUGCCAAAUUUGGCUCCCAGUUUAAGCUGGGUGGGGCUCUACGUAGCCGCUGUCUGGCGCCCGAUACAUGA